AUGGCUCAAUUGUUUUCAAACGCAAGAUCAGAUACAUUGUUUCUUGGAGGUGAAAAACUCAGUGGCAAAGAUAUUCGCAAUCAGAAUGUUUUAGCUACUCAAUCCAUCUCGAAUAUAUUAAAAUCAAGCUUAGGACCAAUUGGUUUGGACAAGCUAUUGGUCGAUGAUUUGAAUGAAAUAACUAUAACUAACGACGGUUCAACUAUUUUGAAUUUAUUGAAUAUCAAUCACCCAAUCUCAAAAAUAUUGAUUGAUCUCGCUAAAAAACAAGAUUUAGAGAUUGGUGAUGGCACAACUUCAAUUGUGCUAAUUUGUUCUGAGCUAUUAAAAAAUGCCAACAAUUUAAUUAAUUUAAAUUUGCAUCCAACGAUUAUAAUCAAUGGAUAUAAAUUAGCAUUGAAGGAGGCAAUCAAUUACAUCAAUACCAACUUAUCUAUUGAUAUUAAUAAUGGCAGUAUUGAUAAUAGCAGUAUGAACAUUUUAAUCAAUGUUGCAAAGACUUCGUUGAAUUCAAAGAUUAUUGGCUCAUCGGAUUUAGAUUCAAAUUUCUUUGCAAACUUAAUUGUUUCAUCAAUCUUAUCAAUCAAAACUAAAACUUCACAAAAUAAGUUCAAGUAUCCUAUUAAUUCAAUCAAUAUUUUGAAAGCACAUGGAAAGUCAAUGUUGGAGUCAUUUUCGGUUAACGGAUAUGCUUUGAAUUGCACAAUUGCUUCACAGCAAAUGCCAAAAAAAAUAAUCAAUCCAAAGAUUGCCUUAUUAGAUAUUAAUUUGCAAAAAACAAAACUAGCUUUGGGUGUUCAAAUUCAAAUUGAUGAUCCGAACAAUUUGGAAAAAAUCAGACAAAUGGAAAAGGACUUGAUUUUAAAUAAAAUCAAUUUAAUCCUAAAAUCCGGUGCUAAUGUCAUUUUAACAACAAAGGGUAUAGAUGAUCUAUGCUUGAAGAAAUUUGUUGAAAAUAACUCAAUUGCUGUAAGACGUUGUAAUAAAAUUGAUUUGAAAAGAAUUGCCAAGUUAACUGGGGGGAAAUUAAUUUCUAAUUUAUCGAAUUUGGAUGGUGAAGAUUCAUUUGAUCCGUCAUAUCUUGGAUCAGCCAAAUCAAUCGAACAAAUUCGAAUUAGUGAUGAUGAAUUGAUUCUUAUUAAUGGAACGUUGAAACAUUCAUCGAGCUCAAUUAUUUUACGAGGACCAAAUGAUUAUACAUUAGAUGAGAUUGAAAGAAGUUUGAAUGAUUCAUUAAAUGUGGUUAAAAGAGUAUUAGAAAAUGAGAAGAUUGUUCCAGGUGGCGGGGCAGUUGAAACUGCAUUAAACAUUUAUUUGGAGAAUUUUGCCACCACUUUAAGCUCAAGGGAACAGUUGGCAAUUGCCGAAUUUGCAAAUUCAUUAUUGGUUAUUCCAAAAACAUUAUGUAUUAAUGCUGCAAAGGAUUCAAAUGAUUUGGUUGGAAAAUUGAGAAGUUAUCAUGCCAAAUCUCAAAAUUCAUUGCCAAACGAUUUCAAAAGGAAAAAUUAUAAAAAUUAUGGGUUGGAUUUAUUUAAUGGUAAAAUUCAUGAUGAAUUUGAGAAUGGUGUUAUCGAGCCAACAAUCAGUAAAGUUAAAAGUUUGAAGUCUGCGGUGGAAGCUUGUAUUGCUAUUUUGAGAAUUGAUACAAUGAUCAAUGUUGAUCCAGAACCACCAAAACAGGACCCUCAUGACCACGAAUAA